AUGUCCCCGCUCGACGCUUGUCUGGAGCAGUACGAAAAGGAUUUGGCUAACCAGACGCACUGCUGCAUGCUCGAGCACAUCAAGGAGGAGAACAGGGCAGCCAACCGAACGGUGUUCGUGAAGCUUCUCCGCUAUCAGCAGGACAUCAACACGAAGGGCACGCUUUCCUUCGAACCGGACCCUACAGAUGCGCAGAAGUCGAAAGGUAGCAGCGCGGCGCCUACGUACCCCGAGAACUUGACCGUUCGGGACCCACGUCAGCUCAGGCAGAUUCUGCCCAUCCCCGACAUCCACAAGGUGUCCGACUGCGAUCUCAUCUACCGCUUUCUUAUUGCCCGGCGCAUGGACGUCGACCUCGCCACGAACGACAUCUUGCACUACAUCGCCUUCCGCGAGAAGUACAGCCUCGAUACGAUCUUGUGGGACCGCGAGGUGGAGAUGCUCUUCAACGGUCUCGAUGGCGAGGAGCUGAUGCAGCAGGUGAUGGAGGAGAUGAAGAAGGGCACGACCCCUGCGGCGAAGGUCAAGAUCACGCGCCCACUGCUGCAGGCUGGCUGGGCAGCUUGGAACUGUGGUGUAGACAAGCGUGGCCACGUCAUCUUCUACCAGCGUCCAAACCCGAAGGAACUGGCGAUGCUCGAAAAACGUUGGCCCUACAUCGAGGGUCAGUACGACUGCCGCAACCCGGACUUCCACUCCGUAACGCCGCCUUACAGCAAUCUGCUGUCACGGUUGUACCUGCGAGAGGUCGAGAAGGGCCGCCGUAUCUCGCGCCUCCUGAACUACAACCAGCAGUAUAUCAUCCGGGAAGGUCUGCACGUGCAGACCGCGGUGAAGCCGACGUCGACGAACACGUUCAUGGACAACGGCGGCGGUGCCACCUGCCUCGUUGACGUCGGUAGCAUCAAGCUGUCACACCUGACCUCCAGCAAGUACAAGAAGGCCUUCAAACUCUUCCGAGUCCUCUCUCUGACGGGACAGAGCUUCUACCCGGAGAACAUGAGCCGCAUGAUCAUCAUCAACGGUGGAUUUGUGUUCAACACGUUCUUCAAGCUCGUCCGACCGUGGCUGGACCCGCAGACGCAGAAGAAAAUCGUCCUUCUCUCCGCCACGAACAAGGCCACCCUGGACAAGCUCAGUAGCGACUCGAGCCACAUGUCGCCGAGCCAGGCAACGAACGACAGCGAAGAGAGCGGCGACGACAAGGGGGCUCCGGCGGCUGGGGCAGACUCGGAAAGGGUGAAAUAUGCGCUGCGCGACGCGCUGGCCGAGUAUAUUCACGAGGACUUUAUUCCGUCGUGGUACGGUGGCCGCCUGCCCAUCGUUGACUCGCCUCUCUUCUACGGAGUUUGCCCGCCAAAGAACCUGGCAGAAAACCCGCAGUACGCGGCCGCCUGCGAGCGCCUGCGUGCCCGUGUCGUUCCUCAGCUGCUACCGGACGUGUUCAUCUUCGCCAACGCCAAGGAGAGCGAGGGGGUCAGCCAGGAGGAGUGGGAGGCCUUCUGCAGUCUGACAGGAGGCACGCUGCUCCGCAGGCAGGUGGCCACGCAGUGA